GUGUAAUGUGGGGAAUGUCGGUUAUGAGGCGGCGUAUGAAGCAUGCGACAGUGACGUCUUCCACUCCUUCUUCUCGGGCCACAGCAGCUCUUCAAUGAAUCUCGGAGUGUACUAUAGUAUGUACAUCGUAUGGACGGUCUACUUCCGUGCGUCAAAUCCCGUUGAUCUGACUUUCAUGGGCCACGAAGCGUCCGAGCUUACCGCCAAAACGACAGGCAAGAGGGUCAACAGAGACGGGCGGAUCGUUGACCUGCAUGUACUGGGUGAACGGGGCAUGAAGCGAGUGUGGAACGAUGUCAAGCACGGGCUUAUCAUGCUGGAUAUGGUGGCGGGGGUGACAUGGGGUAAGUAA